AUGCUGUCUCCCGAGCCCACAAGGGCCCUUGAUGAGUUGUCGUGGUCUUGGGCAGAUAGCACCACGACAUGCCACGAUGGCAGUAUUCAGACUGUCCGUCUGCGUCUUGUCAUCAUCUUCCGUCUUGUCGUGGACGAUGAUACUACGCUGAGAGAGUCAUCGUCGGCUGUGGGGUUUGCCAGACAACGUGGCUGGCAUUCUUUUGCGGAUCUUGCUGGCCAUCUCUUCUUUUCCUUUCCCCUUUCUCCCUUUCUCCCUUCUUUUCUGUCGUGUCUACCGUCGUCAUUUUUGUCUCUUUUCUGUCUCGUCUACCGUGCCGCUCGCAUCCCUCCCCCUCAUCCUUCCGCGCGCUCUCUUUCGCCUCUCGCCCCGAGCUUCAUCGUAUGA